AGUUUGACAGUAAAUUACGAUGGUGCUGCUACUACAUCAGCAACGUCAGUGCCACUCACCAACAUAUUUCUGGCUUCGGCCUCUAGAACGCUCUUCCAGGAGUUUUUUUUUUUGGUGUACAAUCCCCAAAAGCCACCCCUCCAAAGGGAACUCUAAAGCCCCAAAAAGGAAACUCUGGCACACAUAAAAAAGCGUCCACGAAGAAGUACUUAAAUUGUGUGUUUUACCACCCGUUUGAAUUGGUUUGAACUACUUGCUAAAAGAGAAGAAGAGACGGUAAACAAGGAGUCCCAUUGAGGUGUAGGGUCCUCUUCUGGACACAAUUUCCACAUAAGAGCUCCUAGAUCUCAGCCUCUGUUGCAUUAGUGGAGUGAAAUGCUGAAGGAAAAACGUGAGAAAGGAACGACAGUUGGCACCCCGACAAGUUCACCGCAUGAGGGGGCUGCCACGCCCCCAAAUACCCCGCCAACAUCUUGUCAUUCAAUGAUGAUGAUCAAGGAAGAGCGGGGUGUGAAACAAGAAGCAGAUCAGGAUACAUCUGGAUCACCCAAGAAGGAGGUAUCAGGCUCACCGAGACCUCAGCUAGCUGAUAAGAAGAACGAUUCAAAAGAAAUUACAGAAGAGAUGGCAAGCCAAGAGCAAAAGACGACGUCCCAACCACGGACAGACACAACGAACGUAACUUCUGAGUCAGAACCACCAUUUACGAGCUCAAUUCAGCCAUUGGUGUCUAAUAUGAUGGGGAAGCAGAGUGGUGGCUUGGAGUAUAUGCAGCAAUCAAGUCAGAUAUUUGUCUUUUCCACGAGUUUGGCAAAUAAAGGAGCAGAAUCGGUACUUAAUGGGCAUUUCCCAUCAAUAAUUGCCUAUCAUUGCGCACAGCCAGGGACAAAGAAGAUUUUGGAGAAGCAUCCGCUGAAACUUGGUCAGUUUAAUAGGCAUACGCCAUGGAAUCUAAUGGGUGGUGGUGGUGGUACAUUUGGGCAGAAAGCCCCACCGGGAUGUCGACCGAAGAACCCAGGAGCCAUGUUGGAAGCGCAGGAGAGCCUGGAGGGUGAACCGGGUGACUCAUCAUGGCCAGAGGGGAUAAAAAGUGAACUUCCAGAUGAUCUACCCAAUGGGAAUGCAAGCCUGGUGCAAGGUGUGAAAGUACCUGAUGAGAAUCUCACGCCACAACAGCGCCAGCAUCGUGAGGAGCAACUCGCCAUGAUACGAAAAAUGCAUCUAAUGCUUUUCCCGGAGCAAAGUGAUGGGGAACCGGGGGAGGUACCACCAGAUGGUGAAGAGAAACCCUGUCCGGACUUUUUGCCGUGCCCAAAUCAACCUGGCCCAAUGCCAGCUCCAGGGGGUGCAUACAAAUCCGACUGGGGUCGCCUGCCGCCACGUCAGCGAGCACAUGGACCUCCGCCACCAUAUCAUCAAACCCCACGUUCAGCAUCAGUCCCAAUUGCCACACACAGCCCAAGUCCGAAUUCUCCGCAAAAUUUAACAUCAACACUGUCGCUUCCAUCGCCACGUGGUGGUGCUCUGGCAUCACCAUCGGAUUCACGACAUGCACCACUUAGGCAUCUAAGUGCUGGUCAGAGUCCCGUGGCAUCACCUGCUGGGGCACGGCCACUUGCACAGAGUAGCCCAGCGACACCGUCAUCGGCUCAUCUCUCUCCUUGCCCAUUGCCAGAUGAUAAACUUCCCGGGUCACCGGCUAAGGAAUCCCCCGAGAAGGGGGCAUUCUUUGACAUUUCCCCCGAGGGUGGUGGUCCGGAAUCCAUGGGAGCCCCAUUUGCACUUCCGGAUGACAAUAUACCGCUAAAUCCGGAUACGAGCACAGCUCCUGAGACCACCAAAGUCAUGCCUUUCGAUCCCAUUUCAUCACUUGCGCAAAUGUCACAGCAACUCACGAGCACAGCACCACCCUUUAGUGCACCAGGGCCACAGAGUACGUGCUCAUAUGGGGAGAUGCAGCAUCUCAGGGAGCCUGAGGAUGCCAUGAUGGAAUGCCAGAUGCAUGGAAUGAUGGUACCACAGCCAGAUAUGGGUAUGCACAAUCCGGCCUAUUCGAAAAUUCUUCCCCCAACAGCUGGGAAGCCACUUUCGCCCAAAAUGGUGCCAGGCGGUGUGGUUCAUGGACCAGCUAGUGGUGGGUUCAGUGGGGGUCAAAUGCCACGAAUGGGUGCACCAGCUGGUCGUCUCUGCCCUCCAGCAUCAAUGGCGGAUUCAUACAAUGGGGCAAGUGUACAGGUACGCGCUAGUGCACCCAAUACCAUCCAAUACCUCCCGGCGCGACCACAGAUGUGCCCACAAAUGCCACGGCCACCGCCAAGUUUGGAAUUUCUUCAACGUUUUGCGAAUCCCAUGCCACACAAUGGGGAUAUGGGUGGUAUGGAUGCAGGGCGUGGUGUUCGGGUGCGCCACGAGACACAGGGGCAUAUGAUGAAUGGAGUUUUUGGGCAGAUGCACGAGGGUCUCUUUCAGGGUCCACCAAUGCGUCAUCCAGCACCCCCCUUCGGUCCCGGCGGAGGUCAUGACAAGAUGAUGGAGCCACCGACGAGCCAACCCUACGUUGGACCCUCCACCACGGAUCCCAACUAUGCUCAGCAAUUUCACAACUUCCAACAGCAACUCUAUGCGACAACAACGCGUUCUGGUGGUGCUCAAGGUCCCCCAGCAGCGCCAUACUUUAUCAACAAGUAGCCCCGGCUCCGCCCAUGUCCCAUCCCGCCACGGCGGCCCAAUAAACGUUUUCUUAAAUCAAAAUAAA